AUGGCUCCCCAACAACUCCCCACCCGCAAGCUGGGAAAGAAUGGUCCCGAGGUGACGGCGCUCGGUUACGGCCUCAUGGGCCUCUCCGCUUUCUAUGGCAAACCCAAGCCCGACGAAGAACGCUAUGCCAUGCUCGACCACGCCUACGAAGCCGGCGAACACUUCUGGGACACUGCCGACGCCUACGGGGACAAUGAAGACCUGCUGGGCCGUUGGUUCCAGCGGAACCCGGGCAAGAGAGACCAUAUCUUUCUCGCCACCAAGUUUGGCAAUACCACUGACCCAUCGACGAAUAUCCGUGUGCCCAGGAAUGAGCCAGAGUAUAUCAGGGCAGCAUGCGACAAGUCUCUGAAACGACUGGGCAUUAACCAGAUCGACCUGUACUACUGCCACAGGAUUCAAGCCUCCCAGCCCAUUGAGAUCACUGUCAAAGUCAUGAAAGAGCUGCAAGAUGCCGGCAAGGUCAAGUACCUGGGUCUGAGCGAGUGCAGUGCCGAGACACUCCGGAGAGCCUGCAAGGUGGCGCAUAUUGAUGCUGUUGAGGUCGAGUACAGCCCUUUCUCCUUGGACAUUGAGAGCCCUCAGAUCGGCCUGCUCAAGGCCUGCCGGGAGCUCGGGGUUGCCGUUGUCGCCUACUCUCCUCUCGGUCGGGGCUUCCUGACCGGAAGCAUCAGGAGCCGCGCCGACUUUGAAGAGGGCGACUUCCGCAGCUUUGCCCCCCGAUUCAGCGAGGAGAACUUCCCCAAGAAUCUCAAGCUGGUCGACGACAUCAAGGCGAUUGCGGAUGAGAAAGGCUGCACCUCGGGCCAGCUGGUCCUGGCCUUCUUGAUGGCUCAAGGAGACGACAUAUUCCCCAUCCCUGGCACCACCCGCAUCAAGAACUUUGAUGAGAAUAUCGCCUCGUUGAAGGUCAAGAUCACACCCGAGGAGAAUGCGAAGAUUCGGAAGGUCAUUGACGCCGCCGAAGUCCACGGUGCUCGAUACCCUGAAGCAUUCGCCAAGGCUCUGUUUGUCGACACCGUGCCGCUGAACGAGUAA